GACUGGGGGCAAAAGUCAAAUAGUUUGCUCUAGUGUGGUGUUGUGGAGCCUUUUGAUCAACAAUUCUUUAAUUCAGUUCUGUUACUCAAAAACCAGCAUAAUUAAUGGUGUUAACCAAAUAACACAUACAUUACUUACUGUUCAUUUUGCGAUACGAAAUAAACUUCCUGCUAUCGAAAUGAGUAAAUCAUUAUCUUUACAAGAAUUCUAUGCGAUUUACAAGCGGUGGGUAAUUAAUAAUCCGGGACUGGUGACGGACGUAGAAACAGUUGCGACGUGGUCCUCUUACUUCGUGGCGGGGAAGAUAAACAAAUCGCCCAUAGUAUCGGAAUUGGUAUACUCACUCUCUAAACUCGUGUCUCUGUUCAACGACAGGCUCAUUAGGGAGGCGUAUGGUACUGGAGAACCUUAUUAUGGACUUCGAGAGCAGAUCAAGCUGUGGCUGACAGUCAUUCACUACUGUGAGGUUUUUAUCGAACUUCUAGUGAAAAACAGAUGGGGCACAAAAGGGAAAUGGACUGUAGCAACUUUGCUGCAAGUUUUUAAAUGCUCUUCAGCUCUAGUACUGCUAUUCAGAUUCAAGGAACUGCCAAUAGCUCACCCCCCGAUAGCUGUUCUACAAAGGAAAAAGUUUACAGAAGGCAGAGAGACUGAUGAGAAUUCUAAUUCAUUUUUCACUCUUCGGAGAUCAGGCCGCCUUGUGCGACGCGUCGAUGGGUCACCAGCAGUAGCCUUCCGUGACUGGGAGCCUGUGAAAAUACAGGAUGACAGACCAGGAGCAGCCGCUAACGUAAAGGACUUGAUUUAUGCUGAAUCAUUACAUAUAAUGAAGCCUUUAAUUCACUUGGCAUCCAUGAGAGCAUUUGGAACUAAAGCAUGGAAGCAGUGGAUUGUAGCCCUCUGUUUGGAUAUGGCAAGUAUGAAACUAUAUAGCAAAUACAUGAAAGACUUGUCAUAUGAUCAGCGGCUGGAAAUAAGUCGCAGAAAGUUGAGUUUAGUCUUGUAUCUCUUGAGGAGUCCAAUGUACAAUGGAUACUCAAAGAAUGUCAUAGAAAAUGGUUUGAAUUCUAUGUCAGCAAAGAUACCUGCCAUGUCCUUCAUUUGUGGUCCAAUCAUUCAAUACCUCAGUCACUGGCAGGACAUUUACUUCUACAUGUGGGCUUCAUAAGUCAAGGUUAAAUGUAUUACGGACAAUACAAAUUGGUGAAGAAUACAUUUCUAUAUUGUUAAUAUUAUGUAUGCAAGUUGACAGUUGAAUUCAAUAUUGUAGUUUAUUGACCCUGAAUAUUGUCCACAAUUUGACUUCGAAGCUAUUGUUAAACCAAUUUAUGCAAUGGACAAAAUUUCAGUCAUGUGUACACUACUUCUGCAAUUUUUUAAUCUCCAAAAAGCCAUGUAGCUGACAGUUGUCUAGAUAAACUGUAAAUUUUGAAUAUUCAAAUACAAUUUAUAGUAUUUUUAAAAAACAUCGUUGUGAUAAAUGUGUUAAGAAGAGUUCCAGUUAGUAAGAGUUGUUAACAGAUUUCUAUUGUAACAUAAACAUUUUUGCCCUUCUUUGGAUAUGAUGUGUUGGUUCACUACAAUCAUAUAUAUAUUUACAUAAUUGUGAAAAUCAGUUGUAUAUUCCAUAAUUAUGUACAUUGGAAGUCUCCAACUUUGAGAUUAUUUUCUCAUUUGUGUUCAUUAAUAUAUAUCUAAUAUCAACAAUCAUGCUCAGUAUAGUAGUAUUUACAUUGUGUGUUCUGACCUCUAGUGAAUAUAUUCAUGAUUGUCAAAAUCAGCCAGCACAACAACCUGCCACCUGUUGUAUAGUCGUCUUAGUAUUUUAACUUAUAAUAUUAGCUACUCCUAUGCAGUUGCACCUACUCUACUCGGCUCCUGUUAAUCGUAGCGUGAUGUUUUGUAGCCUUUCUUGAUUUCCUACACAAAAUGUACAAUUUGAAGCAAUAAACAAAUUCUUCAGCUUAUAUAAUAGUAUAAGAUUAUUUACAAAUAGAAAUAUGUUAAAAAAAAUUUACAAUACAUAAGAAAACACAAUAGUGUAGUGUUUAUACAUGACUUGUCUUUUACACAAUCCGUGCAACCGCUCCAUCUAGAGUGUAUGUCUAAGAAGAUAUUUUCUGAUAACUACUUAAAAUUUUACCUCAUACAGAAAAAGUAUCAACUGUCUACAUUUAUAUAACAUUCUGUUUUUACAACUAUAUACUCUUUAUUUGUGCCAUCUUAAUUACUAUUCUAUACAAAAAUCAAAUCACCAUUAAGCUGUCAAAUACACCAAGGGGUCACCGGUGACCGCAACCUAUUGUUCUAUAAUUGUGUCUACAAAACCGGUACUCGACGAGUUAACAGCUGAUUCUUUCAUAUUCCCUAUAUCAUAACUUGUACAUUUGUCUUUCAUAGUUAUAUGUUUUGAUGUACUUGUGACAUCAUGUUGACUUCACUAAAGUUUUGUUCAAACAUUAGCUGCCAAUGUUACCUACUUAGUUGUUUACAUUUUGUGUUUCUGCUGUUAUAAUAUAUCCUUGUUGAUGUAAUGAUUGUUAAUUAGCAUUUUUGCAUUAGAAUUCUGUUUUAUUGUAAUAGAAAUGGUAAACCUGAAGAGUUUAUAUAUUGUCCUAUUUAUGAAGAGUGCUAAUAAAAUAUGUUCAAUAACUAUGCAGAGAUAUCAUCCCAGCAACAAAUAAGAUACCAUCUGUUGAAUAUAGAUCUCAUUCAGAUUAGCUAAUUUGAAGCAUCCUAGAUCUGACUGCAGAGUUGCAGUCAUGCUAAACUAAAUAUUAUUUGUGGCUUAACUAAUUUAAGCUGCAUAAUAAUAUGCUGGUCAUAGGCCUUGAUGAGGCUCUCUAGCUGAAACAUAUUAUUAAAUUCUAAAAUCGAAAAUCAAUAGUUAGUUAAAAUAUUAAUAUUUUUCACAAAUACCUAUACAAUUUAGUCUUGCUUUUUAUAUCUAAAGAUUUAUAUUUGGGUACUUUUGGUUUUGCGAGGCUGAGGUAGAUUUUAGUAACAAGUUAGUGAAUAGAGUAGAUAUUUAUUUUUCAAUUUUCGUAAUUGACAAAAAUAUGUUGAUGUAAUGUUAUAUUUCUUGUAUUUAUAGAUAAACUUCAUUAUGUAAAUUGUAAAAAAAGUAAUUUAUUAUACUUCAACCAACAGAUAUUGUCCUAAGUCUGUGUAAUUCAAUUCAAUGUGUAAUUUACCUCAUGUAUACUUAACUACGAUUUUACCUAACAGUAACAGGUAUGUGUGAAAAUUGAUAUAUCUCCAACUUUGAAACCCAUUAUUUGAUUAUUAACCAAAAAUAACAUUACCAAGCUACAGAAAAAGAUACGUAUUUUAAUAUAUAAACAAAGUCUACUCUGUAAGUCUGUACUAUAAUGAGCUAUAUUGUUUCAUAUUACAUAUUAAUAAUAAAGAUAAGUAAUCAGAAUAUAAUCUUGGCAUUCCAAUAAUAUAUUAUAUAGAUACCUAAUUAUAUCUAUUAUAAAUAUUUCUACAGCAAUAAAUUAUUGUGAUUAUUUAACAUAUGUAUAUAACUUGGUAACAUUUUGGUAACAGCUGUUAUCAAUAUAAUGUUAAGAGUAUUAUUUAAACAUGUUGUAUUUAAAUAUCUCUUAUAUACAUUUAUAAAUAGUUUAAUGAUGAUGUUUAACAAUCAUUAAUGAUAUUUCUUAAUUAAUAGCCAGCCAAUAACUUAUCUGUCGGUUGAUAUUGCUACUUGAGACAGAAUUUUUAUUUUUAUUUUACUUUAAUUUUAUAACAUGAUAGAAUUUUAUCUUGUGUCGUGGGUAUGUUUAUAAACUGUAUACACAUGACACCCAGAACCGAAAUAACAAUUUGUGGAUUACACAAAGUGCAGCCGGUUCAUUCAACUUAUGCUCCAUACAAAAUACAGUGAAAUAAAGCUCGACCUACUAUAUUUUUUUAAACCGUUAAAAUUCUAUCUCACGAAUGAUAUAACAGAUAGGUAAUUAAGGUAGCCCAUAAGCAAAUUAUAUUAGUCAAUAAAUGGUGGACAAGACGGUGAUGGAUAUUGGAAUUAAAUUAUGAUUGAGUUACUAAUAGAUAGAAUUAUGUCAAGUUCCUGUGGACUAAUAGAAGUUAGCCUUUUCUAGGAAUUGAUUAUGUAUAAAAUUAUUCUCGAGUCUGUAUAGAGUCGAGAACAAAAGUCAGGGUUACUGACCGUUAUGCUGACAUAAAGGUCAUUGACCCUGAAUUUUUAAAUUCAGGCCUACAUUGUUUACAGUUUUGUUGUAUAGAAGAGAACUGGGGAAAUAUUUAUUUUUUAUUCCGCUAUAAGAAUGAAUCUGCAGCAUGCGGUGUGCAGUACCGCCCCGCCCCUUAAAUAAAUGCUCAUGCAGCAGCGAUGCGAUAUAAAACACACACGGCACGCAACAAACCAUUCGAACAGCACUCGACAUGUUUCGCUCCUCGACAAAGCAUCCUCA